AUGUAUCAGUUUGAGACGUUUCGGAUGAACGACAGUUGGGUGUGGGAAACUCGGCGACUACAGAGCGGUUGUUAUUGGGAAGGCAGCGCAGGUGAUUUUCAAGAGGUUAUAAAGUCGGCGGCAGCCGCCGCCCCUCCACCCAGUGGUGGAAGAGCGCCGUGCGAGCGCAACUGGGUACACUGCGAGAGAGGACUACGAUCUGUCACAGAGAUGGAUACUCCUCAGAGGCCAACACUCGUCAUCUCCGGCAUGUCCGGACGUUUCCCGGAAUGUGACUCAAUAGAGGAGUUGAAGGAGAAGCUGUACAGUGGCGAGAACAUGGUGACUUCCAAAGGGUGCCGCUGGGGGACUGAUAUUUCUGAGGAGCUCAAAACAGAUGUUCACAGCUCUGAGGAUAAAGCAGGAAUUACUUCUCCAAAUGGGAUCUCUGCUUUUUAUAACCUCUGA